AAAUCACCUUUGUCACAAACAAAUGAAUUGAAGUAAUUAUUGAUUUUAUUCAUUAAAUAUCGGUCGAUCAUUAAUACCAGUUUGUUGACAACACUCUUCUACAGUGAUGUGUGUCGUUUGAUUCUCAGAGACAAUUUCGAAGUUACAUAAGACUCGCGAUGGGUGGAAAAGUAUGCACGGGUCGUGGGACAACACCCGAUGAUUUUGAUCAACAAGUGGAAUAUCUAAGGUCGAAGUUCAAACUUACAGAUCAGCAAAUCGUUCAAUAUAAAGCAUUUUUCAAUGACUUCUCGGAACAUAAAAAAACAAUUGAAAGAGAGAACUUCCGUAAAGUGUAUCAAAUAUUGUACAGGAAUGAAGACGCUGCUGAAUUUGCAGAUAGAGUUUUCGAUGCCUUUGAUACUAAUCAAAGCGGAAGUGUAGAUUUUGUGGAAUUCGCAGCAGGUUUAACAAUGAUGGACAGCAAACAAACAGAACAGAAAAUAUCAAUAGCCUUUAAUAUGUUUGACAAAGAUGGCAGCAAUGCACUAAGUGAAGAAGAAGUUACUGAUAUGAUCACGGCAUAUUAUAAGCUACUUGGACCUCAUAUUUCAAUAUCACCAGUUGAAGUAGCGCACGAACUAUUCGAGAAAAUGGACCUAAACAGUGACCAGAAAGUGACUUACGAUGAAUUUACAACAACAGCAAAAAAUGAUCCCAAAGUAUUGGCAAUUCUAGAUCCACAGGUGUAAAUCUGACUGACAAUCGUACAGCAAUAUAAGUAAACUCGCGUACUUGAUAUGUAGAAUUAUGAAAUUACAGUUGCUUGUAUACAUCCACGUCAUUUUGACUCUGGUGGAUAUGUGUCUCAUUGGCACAUCUCCUUGUUUUUAUAUUGAAUAUAUAUGUAUACGUGUUUGCACGCAAGUACUGCUUAUGCAUGCACCACUUAUAAAGUAAAACGUUUUAUAGACUUGAAAAUAAAAGAUCGAAUAUAAA